GCUGAAAAUAUUUUCAGAAGAAAGUGUUCCUCUCUUUGGGCCUCCCCUUCCAUCCCCACCUGUGUUUACAGAUCAUCAGGAAUUCAGGGAUUUUGUGUUAGUGAAAUUAAUAAAUGGGGAAAAAGCCACCUUAGAAACCCCAACAUUUUCUCAGAAACGUCAACGCACUCUAGACAUGCUGAUCCGUUCUUUAUACCAAGACCUGAUGCCUGAUCUACACAAGAAUAUGCUCAAUAGGAGGUCCUUCAGUGAUGUGUUACCCGAGUCCCCAAAAUCAACACGGAAAAAAGAGGAGGCCCGGCAAGCAGAGUUUGUCCGACUUGGUCAGGCAUUGAAAUUGAAAACCACUAUGAAAGGGGAUGCCACAGCUAACUUGGCAAACACAAGCUUUUGUAAAAAGGAGCCUUGGGAAUCUCAAUCUUUCUGCAGUAAUUUUCCUCAUGAGGUUGUCUGUGCAGAUUCUUGGGGCCAGUCCUUACUCGUUUCUACAGAUGCUGGCAUCUUGUUAAUAGAUGAUGGUCAGCCAUCAGUGCAAGUAUUUGAUAAAACUCUCCAAAUAAAGCAGAUGCAUGUGUUGGAAGCUCUGGAUCUUUUGAUUGCCCGAACAGACAAAGGGAAAGACUCUCGUCUCCUUGUCUUCAGACUCAGUGCUGUCCAAAAAGAUAUAGAAACAAAGCAAAUGAUACGGAGCAAAUACGACUGCAGAGAAAAUAAACUGGAGAGAACAAAAGGCUGCCAUUUGUAUGCCAUUAAUACUCACCAUGGCAGUGAAGUGAGGAUUGUUGUGGCUAUUCGGAACAAACUACUUCUCAUCACAAAGAAAUACAAUCCACGCAACAGUUUAACCGGCAGCUCUCUGCUAUCAUCAUCUGAAUCUCCAGUAGAGGAGUUCCAGUACAUCCGGGAAAUAUGCCUUUCUGACCCUCCAGUGGUUAUGACGCUGGUGGAUGGACCUACUGGAGACAGUGACAAUAUGAUCUGUGUAGCAUAUCGGCAUCAGUUUGAUUUAGUUAAUGAGAGUACUGGGGAGUCCUAUAGAUUGCAUCAUGUUGAAACAAACAAGGUUAAUUUUGUUGCAGCUAUCGAUGUGUAUGAAGACGGUGAAGCUGGCCUACUGUUGUGUUAUAACUAUGUUUGCCAAUACAGAAAAGUAUAUCCUUUCAAUGGAGGUUCUCCACUGAUUCAGACAUCAGCUUAUGACUUUCACUUCAGCUGGAAUCAAGUUCCUGACGCUGUUGUCUGUGCUUUCCCUUAUAUCCUUGCCUUCACUACUGAUUCCAUUGAGAUCCGAUUAGUGGUGAAUGGGAACUUAGUCCACACAGCAGUUGUGCCUGAGCUUCAACUUGUAGCAUCAAGGUCAGAUAUUUAUUUUAAAGCGACUGCUGCAGUAAGCUGUAAAGAAAUGAAUUCAAGGAGUCAAACACCGACAGCUUAUGAAAUGCCAGAAUGUCCUGUCUCUUCUCUAGAAGGUGAAGUUCCAUGCAAAAACCUGUACAAAAUUCCUCUCAGUAAUCUGGUUGGGCGAAGCAUUGAACGACCUCUGAAGUCACCUUUGGCUCCCAAGGUCAUCACUACUACAACACCCAGUGCCAUUGCCUCUCUUCCAGUCACUCACUCACUAUCCUUAUCUCGUAUGGAAAUUAAAGAAAUUGCAAGCAGAACGCGUAAAGAAUUGCUGGGCCUCUUGGAUGAGCCUAUACCUAAGACAGAAAUUGCACAGAAGGAAAAAAACGUUCCACGAAGACAGUCAGACCCCAAGCAGGGAGCAGUAAGAUCAACUAGUAGUGACAGGAUAAUCUCAAGCUCUUUUGAAAGCUAUUCUGAAGGACGUCAUCUUUCCACUAGUUCAGAUCCCGAUACUUUAGCAAACAGGGAGGAGAGCUCACCAUCUAGCUAUCCAUUUCAGCUGAUUUCUUUAUAUGAUGAAGACAUCAUUGACUUGAAGUGAAGACAGUCCUAAAACCGUUCUUCCUUACUUCACAUUUUCUUACAACUCUGUGAGCUCUAUGGGAAUGUCACAAACACUGCUUCUAGUGGUAAAACGUGGCUGGAAGUAUUGGUGAUUAAUCUUUAUAGAACCCAUGUUGUUCUGGCUAGCUCAGCCUGAUUUGGUGAUGCUUGUAUCUUUGACAUAGGUAUAUUUUCUUUUCACAGUUAAGGAACCAUUACUUUUUGUGGCAUUCUAACAGUAGGUAAUCAGUGAGAGAUUUAGGCUGAAACUGAAGUAAAUAAAAAGUAUUACUUGUUCUGAGCUUCUUAUAAUUUGAAGUACCUGAAUGACAUUAAGCUAAGUUAAUAGCUGUUAUUA